GCCCCGCCCCUUCUCCCCCACCCCAUUUCUCUUCUAAUUUCCGGUUCCGCCCCAGCCGCCCGCGUCUACCUCCCGAUCCACCGGGAUCCUUCCCCGCGAGUCCGGGCCGGGAGAAUGCCGUUGAGGCCAGGUUUAUGUACUUCAGGACCUGGGAGCAGAGAUGAACCGGAGAAGGUGGUACUCAGGGGCUCAGGGUAGAGCCCCAGGCCCGAUGAUGAUGAUGAUGGGCAGCCACUGUUUGUAACUGUCCUGUUAGGUGUCAUGUACUGGGCUAGGCGCCCUUGGCACCUUGUCCCCGAUCCUCGCAGCCACGCUGGAGACGGAGGCUCCGUGAGCCGUCUGCGCCAUCGUCCGAGAGCUCGCCCAAGACUCCGUCUGAUGGACACGUCGUCCUGAUCCCCGGCCCCUUCCUUUGGGCCUGUCGGUUGACUGUGUCGUGAUAGGAAGAAGGAGCCAGGGUUCUCGGCUCCCCCACCGCCCAGGCCAGGGGAGGCCCCAGGAGCUGUAGGGAGAUGCAGUUCGGCUGCCUCUCCUUCCGGCAGCCUUACGCAGGUUUCGUCUUAAACGGGGUCAAGACCGUGGAGACGCGUUGGCGUCCUCUGCUGAGCGGCCACAGGAACUGUACCAUCGCCGUCCACAUCGCCCAGAGGGACUGGGAAGACGCCACGUGGAGGAGGCUGCUGGUGGAGAGGCUGGGGAUGGCCCCCGCUCAGAUUCAGGCCUUGCUUCGGGAAGGGGAGAAGUAUGGCCGUGGCGUGAUAGCUGGGCUUGUUGACGUUGGGGAAACGUUGCCGUGCCCAGAGGACUUAGCUCCCGAUGAGGUCGUGGAACUGGAAAAUCGAGCUGUGCUGACCGGCCUGAAGCAGAAGUACCUCACGGCGUUUUCGAACCCCAGGUGGUUGCUGGAGCCCAUCCCCCGGAAAGGCGGAAAGGAUCUCUUCCAGGUAGACAUCCCAGAGCACCUGCUCCCCUCGGGGCAGGAGGCCUGAGGGGCGUGCAGGGUUACGGAGAACCCCAGCUAAGUCAUGACCCGUGGGAUGACCAUCGUGCCGCAGGCGGGGACCGCAGCUCUGGUCUGGCUUGGCCCUGCCGCGGAGAGCGCUGCCGCUGCGUGCUGUUCGUGGGCACGGAUUUCUCCGCUCCCGUGCGGGGGACGGGCCGGCGGGACUUUCCCUGUGAGCUGCCCGUCUGGGCUCCUCGACGGGCUCGAGGACUCGGAGCUUCAGGAGACAGGGAAAGCUGCUGUAAAGGCCUUUGCACCGCGACUAAUUUGGGUUGCACAAAGAAAUACGUUUUGGGGCGCCUGGGUGGCUCAGUCGUUACGCGUCUGCCUUUGGCUCGGGUCAUGAUCCCGGGGUCCUGGGAUCGAGCCCCCUGUCGGGCUCCAUGCUCCACGGGGAGCCUGCUUCUCCCUCUGCCCCUGCUUGUGUUCCCU